GUAAGCAAAACAAAUUUCACAUUAUGAUCGGAGUUGACUCAAAAUCUUCGUCGGCGACUUUGAUUUGAAAACAAUGGUUGAAUCGGAGAAAACGAAACACACAUGUCUCCGUCUCGAAAUCUCCGGCGCCGAUCCAAUUUUCGUCAAAGGAACUUGGCAUAACUCUCAUUUCGAUAUCUCCGUCACCGAUGGCUCCUCCUCUUGGAUUUGCAAUGCGACGGAGGAGGAAGUGGCGGAGAGAGCAGCACAAUGGGAUCAGCCAGUAUCGGAGUAUUUAGAGCUCGCUGAACGUUACUUAGGGUUUCAACAGCCAAAUUCGGUCUAUGGAUUCUCUGAUGCUCUUGAGGGAUCUAAACGGCUCUCUUGGACGUUUGAGAAGGAAGGGACUAAACUUGAGUGGAGGUGGAAGUGUAAGCCAUCACAUGAUAGUAAGAAGAUCACUGUUGGGAUCUUGGAUUUUCUUUUGGAGGCUAAUAUAAGGCUAAGUGAAGAAGUUGUGAACAAGACGAGAUCUUUUGAGAAGAUGAAAUGUGAAGCUGAGAGAUGUCUCGCACAAGGUGAAAAACUCUGCGAAGAAAAAACAGAGUUUGAGAAUGCAACUUAUGCAAAGUUCCUUUCUGUGUUAAAUGCAAAGAAGGCAAAACUGAGAGCACUAAGGGACAAAGGAGAUUCAGUGAGAGCAGUUGAGGAGGAAGAAUCGACAGACAAAACUGAAAGCUUUGACAGUGGAAGAAGUGACAAUGAGCAGAGCGAGGAAGAAGCCUCAAAGAAGGCAUCAAGCAGCAAAGCCCGUGGCCGAAAGAGAGCUGUACGCAGCUAAAAGAUUCCCCUGCCUUGAGAUUUCAGGUCAGAGUUUCCAUUCAAUGUUUUGUGAAUCUCAUAGCUAGAAAAAGAGAAACAUUUUUGUUGAAAUCGCUAGAAUCUGUAUUGCUUGUGAAAGUAAAUGCAAUAGAAUUGGAGAUGAAA